CAGACAUGUUUGGUAAGCGACGCAUAACGUUCGUGUCUGCCCGACACCCCUAAGCCAAACAGCUCGUGUACGUUACAGCAUGGAACCCUUUAUAUAGACCAACGAACGGUGGGUAGGUACCAGUGUCUCUUCUCUCUAGAAACCAUGAAAUCCUUCCUGACCUUGACCUUGGCUGCCGUCCUUUUGGCCAGCUGUUCCGCCCAGUGGCGCAGGGGACCAUUUAUCGUCGGCUUUGGCGGGGAUGAUGGGUUCUUUGACGAUGGAUUCUUCGAUGAUGACUUUUACGAUGAUGACUUUUACGACGAUGAUUUCUUCGAUGACGACUCCUUUGGUCUCAUUAUCGGAGGACCCGGAAUGGGAAGUGGCCCAUUCUUUGGAGGAAUGGGAGGCGUCCCUGUCGUUGGAGGAAUGAGCGCUGGUGGUUUAAUGAGCGCUGGUGGAUUUAUGGGCGCUAGUGGAUUUGGAGGAAUGGGCGGUAUGAUCGGUGGACGCAUGGGAGGAUCCGGAUAUGGAAAGAAACACUACGGCGGAUACGGAAAGAAGAUGAGCGGAUAUGGUAAAAAGAUGACUGGAUACGGAAAAUCUUCCGCCAUUGCUGUACCUAUGGUUUCAGGAUACCAAACAUCUAGCUAUCCGUCAGUAGGAUAUGCCGGAGCAUCAUCCUAUCCCCAAGCUUCUUAUGCCCAGGCAGGGUAUGCAUCUUCCUAUCCCCAGGCUGGAUACAGCGGGGCAUCCGCCUAUUCCCAGGGAGGAUAUGCUUUAGGUUCCAGCGGCGCCAUGUAUUAAAUAUCAAAGUUUUUUCCUGGCUGUUUUUGUUUUGUUUUAAACAAGGACAAAAUAAAAUAAAAACUCUUAUAUAUACAAACAACUUGUGAC